UCUCAACGAGGCAGACUCAGUUUAUUUCCGACUACCGAGGAGUUUGUGUCUUACGUGAUAACAUUGCGGUUCAUAUUCUCUUGACACUACUAAGAAAAUACUUGAAGCUCGUCAAAAUGUUCAAGAUUAUUCUGUUCGCACUUGCUGCCUUAUUAGUUACUACUCUAAUCUCGGGAGCCACUCUUGAUAAAAAGCAUGGACGACAUGGUGAUAUCUGUACUUCGCAAAAAGAUUGCGGUGUAGAUAUCGAAGGUAAACAACUGUCAUGCAACCGUUAUGCCAAUAGAUGUCAAAUUCAAAUUACUGCGGAGGACCUCAUAAGACAAAAAAGUAAGCUUAAACAUGUUGAACCGCAUCAAAGGAAAGGAUAUACUGACAUCUAUUCGAAGUAAUUUACUGUGAAAUUUUUUUUUUUUUUAUGAUUAUUACUCGUGCUUUAGUAAUGAAUGAGAAAAUAAUUGUGAUCGUAUGACACCGGAAUUAAAUCUCAACAUAAUACAUUUGUA